CCCGCGUAUUCGAGGCAACUGGUACGUGUUGUAGGAGUUGAAUAUUGCUGUAUCGUCAAGAUUAAUUUCUUAGAUCAUAAAGACAGGCUAGACAAUGGUUUACACAAAUGCUCAUCGACUGUUCUUACAAAUUUUGACAUCCAGACGUUACCUUCUGGGACAAGAAGUUAAAAGCAUCCAUGAAAAAUGUUGUGCAAAGUUCAAUGUCACUGCAAACAACUUGCAAGAGUUUGUGAAGGAGAUCAAUGCAGAGCUGGAGCAAAUCCACCUGGUAAUAAGGAAGGCCAUUCAAGAGGAUUAUACAUCUGAUUCUCAGUGCUUUGUCUUGGUGAAUCUUUUUGACAGCGAUGCAACACGAAUGAACUCAACUUUCACACCAGAAGAGCUUACUUUAUUUCGGAAAGUUAUAGAAGCAAUAGUACAGUCGGAAGAAGGCUCUAUACUCAUAACAGAGGCCAUCAACAUGGGCUUCACUUUAAAGGAAAGAAUGAAGAUUGGGAAAAGUGAAGCACUCAUUGACCGACUUGUGCAAGAUGGAUGGCUUUUGCAGCAUACUGACGAAGAGAAGAUUCUAUCUCUGAGUGCUCUGUCGACUGCAGAACUACAGAUCUAUUUAGAGGAGCAGUAUAAAGACAUUAUCUUAAAAUGUUUUUUCUGCAAGUUGAUAACCUUGAAGGGAUACAGUUGUACGCAAUGUAAUGUAAAAGUUCAUCGACAGUGUGGCAAUAAAUUUUGGAUUCGAAAUGGUAGCCAAAGUCCCUCAUGUCCUGAUCCAAAAUGUGCUUCAGAUUGGUCCCAUAUAGAGAUAGAUCUUCCCAGAAAGUGCAGUAGAAAUCAGGAUUAGAAUCUAUAUAUUCUGUGUUCAGUUAUGUGUUCUGAAGUAAUGUUCUAUUUUGUCUCCUUCAUUUUGCAUUUUAUUUUCAUAUUAUUUAGCAGUAUAAUGUAUGCUAUGUGCUAAUAUAGUUUUUUGAAAUUAC